AAUUGGUCCAUAUGAAACUUUCAGGACAUAAAGUUGGCAACCUUGCGAUGACAUCUGAUGAGCUGUUCAAUCAUAUUUUGUAAACAUAACCUCAAAUUUACUCAGUUAACGAUGGCGAGUCCGCUCGAGAAUUGCACCGUGGAAGAACAACGUGCCGUGAUCAGAUUUUUAGUCGCGGAAGGUGAGAAAGGUAGUAAAAUCCACGAAAGAAUGUUAAAAGUGUACGGAGACAAUUGUUUGAAUCGUUCGAACGUUUACAAAUGGGUAGAUCAGUUUCAAAGUGGCCGUACAAAAAUUUCUGACGAGCAACGCAGUGGACGACCGGUCGAAGUUGGGACUUUCUCUCUCGAAUCUCGGAUUGAUGCGUUAAUUCAGGGCAAUAGGCGUAUCACUGUUGAACUGAUAAGUGAAAAAGUAAAUGCGAGUGUUGGAACUGUCCAUAACAUUAUAAACAACAAGCUGCAGUACAAGAAAAUCUGUGUGAGAUGGGUACCAGACAACUCAUGGAUGCUCACAAAGAAACCCGGGAGGUGGGAGAUCCUUCCACAUCCCCCGUACAGCCCCGACCUCGCCCCAUCAGACUUCCAUCUGUUUGGACCCCUUAAAGAGGGUCUACGAGGGAAACAUUUUCAAUCCAACGAAGAAGUCAAAAAUCAGGUGCAAAAGUGGCUUCGAGAUCAACCCAAAGAAUUUUAUGCCAAAGGCAUUUACAAAUUAGCAGAAAGAUGGGACAAGUGUAUAAGUGUUGCUGGGGACUAUGUUGAAAAGUAA